UAGUUCUUACUGGGCAUUUCUGUGUUUGUGCAUCUUAAACUGUAACUAUUAUUUUAAUUCAUAGUUGAAACUUACAAGAAAAUACUUGAAGGGAGUAUAGGUAAACAAUUGUGGUAGUUAAUUAUUAGAACGUUGUAAUGGAAAACGCAGAAGAAGUUUUUCAAUUCCUUGAAGAAUUUUCCAAACGAAAACCUAAAACAAUACCCCAAGAACUUAAUGACUAUUUGACUUAUGUUGCUCGCACCGGUGAUCCAGUGUAUCAGUGGUCGCUCGUUAAGAGCUUAUUCAAAGAGAAACUCCUCAACGUUAUAACGGAUUUCCAUGAGUCAACACCCAGUAUAGACAUUUUACCAUGCCCAAACGUCGAUCCAUUUAAUUAUGACAUUAUGAAGAACAGCCUUGUAGAACGACUAGAUUCGUUUACCUCUGCGCCGUUCACUGUUCAAAGGAUUUGUGAGCUACUUACUUUUCCACGUAAACAGUACAAUCGCGUGGAUAAGUUUAUGAGGGCAAUCGAAAAAAAUAUUCUAGUUGUGAGUACUAGAGAACCUGGCCAACAAAGGCCACAAGAACCAGAAAAUGGCGAGGCUAUGGAGCCCAUUGUAAAUGGUUCUGAUAACAAUUCUGAAUAUAAUGUUGAUGUAGAAAUGGAGGACAUGUCAUGGAAAGAAACUGGUGAGUUACAACAAAACAGAGAACCACAGCCUGGGUCUUCAGACACUCACAUUAAUAUGAAUGAACUGGAAGCAAGACUAAAUGCCAAGCAGGAUGUUUCUGUGGAUAUGAAAAAUAAGCAAUUUGCUGAGUAUGAAUCUCUGACGCCUCCCGAGUUAGAUAUUACUGAAUGCACUGAAGCUGAGCAAAUGAUAGAAGAUAAUCAAGAACCUAAAGUUAUGGAUACAAAUGAACCAGCAGCUUUACAAAUUAAUGAACCUAUAGUUUUGCAAGCCAGUGAAUCUACAGAUUUGCCAUCAAAGGAUUCAACUAAUUUACCACCAAAUGAUUCAAAAGAUUUACCACCAAAUGAUUCAAAAGAUUUACCAUCAAAUGAUUCAAUAGAUUUGCCAACAAAAGAGUCUACAGAUUUACCAUCCAAUGAACCAACAGAUUUGAAGCAAUUAAAAGAUGAACAAAGUUCUAAUGAUGAAACUGUACCUGCAUAUAAAACUGAUCAGGAAACUGAUGUAGUACAGCCUAAGCUUAUCAUUCCUGACAUUAAAGUUGACAAUGUAGAAAUGACUGAACUUAAAAUAAUAGAACAAGCUAAUCUAGAGGAAAUGAAUCAAGAUAGUGUUAAUAAAGAAACAUGCACUGAUAUAGCGCAUGUCAAAGUGGAAAAAAAGGAGGAAAAACCUGAGGAAGUACAUUCCAAUGAAGAUACAAAUGAUCAUAUAGAAAUUAAAAAUGUAUCUGAGAAUUCUUCAUCAAGUGAAGGGAGUUCAGCAUCUAGUGAAAAUAUUGAUGGCUUAAGUAACUCUCCUAAAACUGACAGUGAGGAUGGAAAACAAGACGAAACAGAUAGUUCAGAUAAAUGUCUUGAAGAGACAAGUUCACCUAAUACAGUGAGUGUGAUACAAUCAGAAAAUUAUUCAAUAACUGAUGUGAAUUCAGAACUACCUCAAAUACCUGCGGAAAGCAAAGUGGAAGGAGCUUUAGAAGUGAGUGAUAAACAUAGGAAAGAAAUUGAUAAUGAACAAAAUCAAUCUGAUAGUAAAAUUGCAAAUCCGGAAACUGAAACACCUUAAUUUUUAAUAUCUAGAUUUAAGUACUCAUUUUAUUGAAGUAUUAUGUGUGAAGCUGACUUGAAAAAUAUAUCAUACUAAGAUAAUAUUUAUCUUAUUUGUUAUUCCUAAAGGCUUCAGUUAAAGAAUCAAUCAUCAAGUUACGCUUAAUGCAAUAUUAUGUAAAUAAAAAUGAAACCAAGUGAAUGCUUUUUGGGUUAUUCACCAAUUAACCCCAUAGUAGAUAAUUAGAUAAAGUUUUAUAUCAACUCUUCUUAACCGGCUCACCAUUUUGUAAUGAAUGCCCGAGGGCUCCUAAGAAUGUUUGAUGUAUAAGAUGAUGUUAAAAUAAAGUGCUAUGAUAUUUUUUAAUUCUGAGAUACAUAAGAUUA